GUUUAGCGACUUCAGGACAUGCCUCAUAGCUCCAGUCUCAAACUUAACCCCGUUCCUGCUGAAGAAGAGGCGGUCUGCUGGAUGGAGAAAGAAGCUCUCGUGAAAGAGGAGGAGGAGGAAGAGCAGGCGGUUUCAAUACAAAAACAAGUAGAAGGUGAGGCUGUUACCGUGAAAGACGAAGAGAAAGACGUUACAGAGGAAGAGGAGGACGACGACGACGACGUUUCAGUGAAAGAAGAGGAGGGGGAGAUGACUGUCACAUCGAAAAAUGAAGAAGAGGACGAAACUGGAUAUCUGGUCCCGGUUUCCCAAACGCAUCUUCAGGCAUCCGAUGGUUCUAACGAUGAACUUAGCAAUAAGAUGGUUUUGAGAAACCGUUCCCUGAGUAACACUCGAGAGAGACGUGACUAUCGUGGAUCCUCUGGGGGGCCUCAACAACCUCAUGAUGCUGACGAGAAAGAGAAAAGUCUCUCCACUUCAAAACACCAGCAGAGACCCACAGGGAAUAAAUCUCAUUGCUGCUCUGACUGUGGGAAAGGUUGCAAAUCUUCAUCAGACCUUAAAAUACACCAGAGAACACACACAGGAGAGAAAUCUUAUAGCUGUGAUCAAUGUGAGAUGAGUUUUACUGCAUCAAGCAAUCUGAUUCGACACCAGAGAACACACACAGGAGAGAAGCCUUAUAGCUGUGAUCAAUGUGGGAAGAGAUACUCUGAUAAAAGAUCCCUGAUCAAACAUCAGAAAAUACACACAUGAAGAAGUUGUUUAAUGAUAUCAAUGAAAUAAUGUCACAAUGUAGAAUGUUUUAACAUUGUAGUAGGAGUUUUUUAAUGAUGUUCUACCUGUUCAAUUGAUUGCAGCAUGAUAUGGAUAUUAGCCUCAGGGGAAAAUGCAGGCUCUGAAUUGAAAGAGUAUUAUUUAACAAAAAGUGACUAACAAAAAAAGAGCUGUGUUACACUUACUGCGUUGGUGACCCACUUUAAUCAAAAUGUAUUACUUCAAAAUGUAGCUAGUUGUUUUCUACAAGUUGAAAAAGCUGCUUGUUUAAAAAAGACAUUUAAUAUGAUAAUUGUUGCAGAUGUUUGUGUAUAUACACACAUGAAAGCAGUAUAAUAAAUUGGUCUAUUCUCAAUUUUAUUAACAAUCUGACAUCACUCCAGUAUUUCUUGACAACGUUCAAAUGCUAAUUGUCUUUAUUCCACUACUGAAGAAGCAUGACUCAAAUCACCUACUCAUAUUUCAAACAUUCAGCCUGACAAAAUAUACAUGUUUUAUUAUUCCAUGCCUCACCACUAAGUGAAGUAUUGCCAAUACAUAUUAACAAAGGGGUGUACAUUUGGUUUUGAUUUUCAUAUUUACAAUUUAUGUAACAUUUAGUAAUCAUAAUUAUUUAUGCAACCAGCUGACCAUUUUUGGGUACAAUUAUAUUGACAAUGUUGCCCUGCUUUUAGAAUAUCAGGAUUAAUUCUCAGAUGUGCUAACCCAAAUGCAUGACUUUGGGGACUGGGCCCGAUCCAACAACAUGCCUAUCGAGUGAACCCUGAAAAGAGAGAGAGAAGUAAGGUGGAAAGUUACUACGGAUAUUGCAGGAGUUGGUUGCUGAUUGUCUCAAGGGUGGGCAGUCAACAAGUUUUGCGUUUAGCCAGUAUGUUGCCAUGGACCACAAUUUAUUUUGACUGCACGUUUUUCUGUAUUGGAGAUGA